AUGCCUGGUCUUCCGUCUACGGUUGACCUCGACGAAUGCAUAUCACGUCUUUACAAGAAGGAAUUGUUGGCCGAGUCCGUCAUCGAGGCUAUAUGCGCAAAAACAAAGGAGUUGCUUAUGAAGGAGAGCAAUGUCGUACAUAUCAAGGCACCCGUCACCGUUGUUGGCGACAUACACGGACAAUUCUUUGACAUGAUUGAAAUAUUCAAGAUCGGAGGUCCUUGUCCAGAUACGAAUUAUCUGUUCCUCGGUGACUAUGUAGAUCGUGGGCUUUUCUCUGUUGAGACGAUUUCGCUGCUUUCAUACGGGUUUUAUACAGAAUGUUCACGAAAAUACGGCAACGCAAAUGUAUGGCACUAUUUCACGGACAUGUUCGACUUUCUCACACUAUCUGUGGUCAUCAAUGACCAAAUCUUCUGCGUGCACGGCGGCCUUUCCCCAUCGAUACACUCGAUAGACCAAAUCAAGAUCAUCGAUCGGUUCAGGGAGAUACCCCACGAAGGACCAAUGGCAGAUCUUGUGUGGAGCGAUCCGGACCCAGAGAGAGACGAAUUUUCGCUGAGUCCACGAGGAGCUGGGUACACUUUCGGAGCGCAAGUGGUGAAGAAAUUCCUCGAGGGGGAGAGAUUCUUCAAUGUCUUCGACGCAAGUCCUGAGAACGAUGUGCAUCGGGCGGAGCAACAGCAACAGCAAGGGAGAGAGGUCACGACCGAAUACUUCCUAUAA